AUGGCACCCAAAUCUUCCAAGGUCGCUCACGACGACACAAAGUCCGAGAACACAAACACUAAAGAGAAGCACACGUCUGGUACUGGUGGUCACUCAAAUGGCAAGCUUCGUCGUGUAGCUAGCUCGACGGGCUCUCAAUUGCGAGAAGUCACAAACGCCAACGCUUCUGCUGAUGCUCCCACUCCGGCCAAGGAGGCUACUCAAAAUCCUGGCAUUCAAUGGAAAACCUUUGAGCGAGACACACUCCAUGCGUACCGUCGCGAACACCACCUCAACACUCCUACUUCCUUCUCGUGCUCGUACCGUCAAUUGGUUCUUUCGCGACCCGGUGGCAUUGGCCUACACUCCCCAACGAUGGCCCGAAAGAAGGAGAACAGAAGGCAAAGCAAAGAGCAACUAGCGAUGACGGUGCGGAAACACUUCAACGGUGUCGGCAUACAGGAAAACGAUGUCAUCGUCGACUUUAUUCACAAAGUCAGGAGCCAGGCUAUAACCAAAGGCGACCGCCACAGAAGAGCGAACUCGAAGUCGCACAACGCUUGA